CAGGCCAGAAGCAUCAGGACUUUGAAGCUGAACUGCUGACUCCUCGAAGUAUGGUGGCUGUCUUCGACUAUAACCCUAAGGAGAGCUCUCCAAAUGCAGACGUAGAGGCUGAACUGACUUUCAGCGCAGGGGACAUUAUCACUGUGUUUGGGUCCAUGGAUGAUGAUGGAUUCUAUUAUGGAGAGCUGAACCAACAGAGAGGGCUUGUCCCAUCUAACUUCUUGGAAGCUGUAACUUCGGAUGGAAGCAUGGUUGAGGAACUUCAUUCAAAAGAUAAAGAAGGUUUUCCAUUGAGUGCUGAGAGCCAGAGAAUGAGGAAGAGAAGAGUCCAGUGAUAGAUAUGAAUGAUACAUAGAGAGAGAGAGAGCAACCAUUUAAAUCCAGAUGGGUCUGUUGAUCAGAGUGACUCUUCACCAACUCCUCCUCCUCUACCACCUUCCUGCCUUGUCACAGGCGAGCAGUGUCCAGAGCAGGCAUCGCUGGCUGUUCUCAAAUGCAGUGAUGUACCUGGUCAGAGUAAAAAGAAGAGAGGCUUCUUCUUCAAAGGCAAAAAACUCUUCAAAAAACUUGGGUCCAAUAAGAAAAAUUAACAAGGGAUUUAUUGUUCUGUAAAGACUGCCUGUGCAGUCCACACAGGGACUGAAAUUCAGGAGAAGCCCUCUGCAAUAAGCUGAUUAGAGUAUUUUCAUAGGGAAAAAGUGUAUGUUGAAUAGAGAAAACUCUUCAGUGGGUCUGUGAGCUGUGGUCUCUGCUGAGAGCCCAGCCGUGGGUGCCCACCCAGCACGGGCAGUGGCCCUGAACAGUGUCAUGGCACUGGGGUGCGUGAGGCCUCCGCUCUAGGAUACAGCUACCUCCGCAGUAGUGUGUCCUGCUCCGUGCAGCCCUCAAUGCACCAGUUCCCUGUAAAUAUUUUAAUUAAAAAAUUAUAUUCUGGCUGUAAGUUAGCUAAAUGGCUUUUCCCAGCAAAGCCCCGACCCCUUAGGAAGAGAUCCCUUGUACUACACACCCUGGUAUUUCUCUGGUCCAAAGGAGGUUCUGUCAACUCCUUCACUUCCUGCAAAGAAAACUUGCACUUUUCUGUUCCCAUGAAUCCCCUUUGCUGUCUCUGGGCUGAACAAGUGAGUUAUUUGUACUGUAAACCUGUAAAUAUGCAGCUGUGCCUAGGAGCAUCCCACACUGCCUCAGUCAUGUUUCAGCACGAGGAUUCCCAUGGAGGAAGGGACGAUACCCUGAAGGGGGUCGAUACUUCUGCCUCUAGCGUGGGCUGCUCUGAGCUGCUCUUGGCUGGUUCACCUUGACCACACACUGGCUGGGGACUCCGCCUUAUUUAUUUAUUUAUCUAUCUAUUUAUUUAUUUAUUUUUCGCCUGCCUCUUUCGCAGUUUUAUUUGGCUGUUUCAGUGGGCUGCUCCUGAGUUGGAGCAUUUGGAGAGCAGAGCUGGGGAUGGAGAGUUUGCAGCUAUUUUCAUAUGAGAUGAUGUGUUCCUUGAGUUAAGACACAUCCCUUUCUAAGCCACGGAGAGUUUUGUACUACAUGGUUUCUAUCCUUUUCAGUGUUUCUUUCUUUGCAUGUUUCAGUGGGGUACUUGUUUUGAGAAGGACAGUUAUGUGAGGUACGUGAAUGAUGCCAGCACAGUGUCCACGAGUGUUGGUGAUACGGUAUGUUUUUAUUUAAUAUCAAAUUUUAUUAUAAUAAAGUCUAUUUUCACAAAAAUACAUUUUCC